GAUGUGUCUACUUUGUUGAUUUAUUUGUUUAGAUUAAAAGUUAAGAAAAAAAUACAAGAUUUGGAUGUUUGGGUAUUGGAAAAAAUCGUUAUUAGAUUAACUUAGGUGUAUUGAAAUUCAAAGGGUGUUGUUAAAUUCCACUGAAUCACAUUUAUCAUUUUGAACUUAUAAAAAAUAUGGAGCAGGAUUCAAACCCCAGUGGAUUAUGUAAAAUGGGUUGUGGCUUUUAUGGAAACCAUUCCUUUGAAGGAAUGUGCAGUAAAUGUUAUAAAGAGAAUGUUAAAAGGCAUCAGCAACAACCUUCGUCAAACACUGGUAGGAGUAGCCCUGGGUCAUGUGGUACUGCAACUGCUGUUCUUCCUUCCCCACAAAUCCCUUUAAUAGCUUCAAAUACGUCCACAGUUGCAGAAGUCACACCACCUAUGGACAUACCGACAUCAUUGGCUGGAUCGAGAACUCCUGAAAAAGCAGCCUCCGGUAGUGAACUGGCUGUUAAUGGUACCUCACCCUUAGCUGAGGUUAGCUCUUUGGAUGACACAGCCGACUCACCUGGUAAACUUAAGAAAAGGAAUCGUUGUUAUACUUGCCGUAAAAAAGUUGGACUUACAGGCUUUGAAUGUCGAUGCGGUGGAUUAUUUUGUGGUUUACAUCGUUACUCAGAUAAACAUAAUUGCACAUUUGACUAUAAGGCUGACGGACGUGAACAGUUAGCAAAAGCCAAUCCAGUAGUUGUUGGUGAAAAAAUAAAGAAGAUAUAAUUUCCUGUUUACCAUCGUUCUUGUAUCAAAGUUAUAUAUUAUUUUACUACGCCAUACAUAUGUGUUGUUUUCAUUGCUGUUAGAAUGUCACUGAUAUGUUGGAAUGGCGUUGUUGUUGUUGGUAUGGUGGUAACUUCAUGAAUACAAGAUAUGGAUAAUUUGUGCAGUGUGCACAGAGCUUUCAAUACCUUCAAGGUUAUAUUUUAAGUGCAGUUGAUUAUUUCCGAGUUGUUGAAGAAUAUGGGAGAUAAAUUCCACGUUUUUAUCAGACAAAAGUUUGUAUUGUGUUUACAAAAACAAGCUUCUCAAGAUGUUCCAAGUUUUGAAAAUGUUUUAGAGCUGACGAAUUAAAAACAGUCAAUCGAAAAUGUGUUGAAGAGGGCGUGCUUGUCACAACGUAUUUAUCCAAUUAUACACCUAUGUUUUUAUAUUAAUUUUGAAUAGACUUUACGAUUAGAAAUAUUUUAUUAAACGUUAUUAGGAAGGUGCUUUUCAUAAUCAAUGCUAAAUUUCGAGCAUUUUUCUGCUCUCUUGUUAUUGAUUGGCAUUUUCUUGGUUUUCUUGUGUUGCUAAUGCUUCGUUUUAUGUUUAUUUUUGUUUCGUGUUUUUUGAUAAAACUCUAGUACUGUAACAACUAAGUUAGAAAUUUAUUUUUCAACAUACUAGGUUUUUUGAAUUUCUAGUUUUUAGCAAGCGUUAUUCAAGAAUUUGCAACUGAACAACCACAAUUAUAAAAGCCAUACAACAUAACCUAUAAGUUAGUUUUGCUUUUUUUCUUCUGUUGUGAAUUGGAUGGUUUUUUAUAUAUAUUUCAGGGAAACAUAUUUGUUCUUCACAAGUCAUCUCGUACCUAAAUUUAUUGUGUUAAAAGGUACCUGUCUGUUUUUUAAAGGGCCCUGGGAACGAAGUUAAAUGUGUCAGACUUACGUCAUGAUAAAAAUUGCCACCGGUAAUCUGAAAAUAAUUCAAACGAGAUGAUAAAAACGAUAACAAUUGUGUUUUUCUCAUUAAAAGUUACUGUCUAAUUCUUUUUUGAAAGUACUAUUUAAAUUUAUGAUAAAAAAUUUACUUCUUGUCGUA